AUGGCUGCAUCGUCUUCGGAGAAGCCGUCCGGAAAGACAGGAACGCAGAAGAUGAGUACCGGUCCGCAAAAAAGGGAGAUGAAAAAACGGUCGGCGAACGGCUCAAAUGCCCAGGCAGAACCCGCGCCAUCUCCCCCCGUCGCGUCUCCGUCAUGGGCACAGAGCGGAUGGCAGACUCUCGUUGCGUCUCCUGCUGCACAGCUGCGACACUCUGCCCACCGCUAUUUGCGAGCUGACGUGGUUCCCUUCGAAGCGUGCGUCUCGCUCGUCUUCUUCGCAUACUGCGUCCUCGCCCUCCUGAGCUUGAAAGUCGUCAGAGGGCUCCUAUCCGGCGGCAGGGGCCAGCGCGGGCGCGGCGGCGGCCGGCGCGUGGUGCUCCUCGGUCCCAGCGGGAGUGGGAAAACGAGUCUCUUUCUGCUUCUUCGAAACGGCCGAGUCACGGAAACAGUGCCGUCGAUGCAGGAAAACAGCGACACGGUCUCGGUCUUCCCCACCAGCGCCGCCGACGAGGACGCCGCAGGGCACGUGAGUCCGCGCGAAGGCUGCGAGGGGAGCGAGGCGGACCGGUUGGCUGCAAAGAUUGACCUCGUCGAUUUCCCUGGACAUGCGCGGCUGCAAGGCCUCGCGAAGCCGUUCAUCGACGAGGCCGCAGCUCUCCUUUUCUUCGUCGACGCCGCCGACAAAGCGGCUCUGAAAGUUGCCGCGGAGCAACUGUACGAGUUGUUUGCCGACCCGAGCCUUCACCGGCGGCAAACGCCUCUUCUGCUGGUGGUAAACAAGACAGAUUUGCCGGAUGCGCGGACGCAGGAAUCGGUUGUCGAAGACAUCGAGAGGGAAAUCGAGCGGAGCCGGGCGUCCCGCGCAGCGAUGCUCGAGGGAGAGGACGAUGGGACCAAUUUCAUCGGCGUGGAGGGCGACGCAUUCAAAAUUCUCUCUCACGUGCCGAGUCCAGUGGCGAUUUGCAGCUGCUCGGUGAAGAACGACGAAACUGCGGAAGUUCGAGAUUUCCUUCUGGGCCUUUUCCCCCCAAACUAA